UUCAUGUCAUUGUCAUUCAUGUUAUUCUUGACCGAAAUCCGAUAUUUUAAUUUCUUUUAUUUUGUUGAAAGAUUAGUUUGUAAAUAAAAUUUAUAAUUCUUGUUAGCAUGUAAGACACAGUAGUAAAAAAACAGAACAAAAUGAAUUCUUUACACAGCACCGUCAAAUAUUUAAGGCGCAUAAAUGUAGCGACCGCUUUAAACACCCUUAAGGAAUUUAAAAGCCCACCUAAAUAUAUAUCAAAAGAAAGCAUCGUUAGCAACUGCAAAAGUAUUACAUUUUGUCCACGAAGUAUUGGGCUUGGAAUAGAAGAUAAGCCAAGUAUAAACCGUGUAAAACAAGAUCCAUUAUCGUAUAUACCUAUAAUAAAUCCUCGUUCCAUCUUACCUAUUAUUGACACUAAUUGGCGGAAAGAUGAGAUUGGAUUACCUGCUAUUAGACAAGAGGAAAAGCAGGCAGUACGUCUCAUUGUCAUCAGGCGCAAGAAAAUGAAGAAACACCAAAGGAACAAGCUUUGGAAGAGAAUGAGGCACCGUUGGGCUCGGAUCAAGAAGCGAAGACGUCAAAUAAAAGAGAAGAUCUUCCAAAAUGAACUGCUGGCAAUGGUGAAAGCGGCUAAUGAAUUCUCAGCAGAGCAGUAUGUGGCCAGUAAGAUAGAGAGUGCCAACCACACACCACUGCCUACACGUUGGAGACACAAGCGUCUGCCAGCGUUCAUUAUACGACAGCUACUCGGAAUUGAUAAGAAAAUCAACUACAAACACACUGAUGUCUAUAAAGCUUAGAAUAUUACGUUUU